AUGGUUCGAACAUACAAUUGGAAUCCAUCAACUCAAUCGACUUUACCACUUUUAAGUGAUUUAAUCGAUAAAGAUGAAAAAAAGAAGACAAAUUUGCUGCCAUUUAUAUCAAGCAGUACACAUACUAAGCAAUCUUUACAUAAUGACCAGUUCAAUAAUUCAAAUCAUAAAAAUAUUUCGGAAGGAAAUACUUCCAACAUUGCUGCCAAUGAAAAUAGUACUGCUAAUACUCUUCAGCACGUCUCACAUACUGAUAAUAGUCAUCUUGAAUACUCGAUGACAAGAUUCGAACCUCAAGUAGCUUGGUUACACCAAAUUCACCAUCAAUUUUUUCCUGUUUAUUGUCAUUUGCCUACUGGUUUUACCAGUAGCAUUUGCCCUUGCAGAUCACAUAUCUUUUCAUCAGAAACAACUACGCCAAUUAAGAGUGAGCAAAUGAGAAAUCUUGAACUUAGGCCUGUACAAAUUGGUGAUAAAAUUUACUAUGAACCAAUAAAGAAAAAUUCUGCGCUUCAAACUGAAUCAACAUCAUUUGUUUGUCAGCCAGUAAUCACAAACAGUAGUACUUCAUCAUCAAUUCCAAAGUUUUUUGAACCAAGAAAUCAAACGCAUCAAUCAUGUGCCUUUUUAUCAGAACCAGUUUCUACCUGGAUCACGUCAAAUUGCGAAGUAAAAUGUACAGAAAAGAAUGACAGUAAUAAACUUCCAACUUCUUGUGUCAAAAAUGCAACGAAUCAACUAUGGAGCAAUAACCAUCAUCUCCAAAUGAGGGAUGAAGUUCGUGAAAAUCCUUCUUGGUACAUACCUUCUUCGAUAAUACGAGAAGAUCCUGUAUUUGAUGGGUCAUUAAAUUCAAGUAAUAAAUUUUCAGCGUACAAUAGUACUUGUAGACAACAAUCGUUUUGUAAAACAUUAUCUUCCUCACGUGGAAAAGGAUACCAGAAAAUGAAUGCAUGUAAUACCACAGAGAAAUACAAACGUGAGUUACAACAACAAAUCGAGCAGAAUCGACGUCGAAAAGAAAAAGAACGUCAAAUGGAAAUGGAAUUGGAAAGAAGAGAGAAAGCAAAAUUGGAUGAAUACAGACAAAAAGUUGAACAAGAAAUGAUUGAAGAAAGAUGUAAAGAAGAAGAAAAAUUAUUGGUCAUAAAGCAUCGAACAUCUAGAAUGCUUGCCUUGCAGAACGUAGUUAAAGCAACAAUCCAAAGCCAAACAGCAAAUCAAUAUCCAGAAAAAUAUGGCGAAAAAAAAACUUCUUCAACAGCAGAAACAACUUUUUUGGAAUGGUGGGAGAAGAAAAAAAUACUCAAAAGUGAUACUGCAUCAAAAAGAUUGAUCAAAUCUCCAGUCAUUCCAGCUCUUAGAAAUAAGGACGAAGUUACUGCAGAUUUGAUUCAAAAUGCUAAUAGUGAGAUACCAAAAGAUGACAAAGACAUAUUCUUUUAUGUCCCAUCAGAUCAAUCAACUAGAUCACGCUCAUCGUCAAGACUAAGUGAACGCAGCUAUCAGUCAUCCAUGACUUCAAAGGGAACCCAUAGCUCAAAUUCAAUGCAUGAACCAGCACAGCAUGCUCAAAUGCGCCAAAUUUAUCAUCGUAAACAUCCUAAUCUUGAACAUUUGCAAAGGAAAAACUGA